AUGCCGCGGACUCGCCCCAUACACGGUCUGUGCCUCGUGUUCAGGGAGCUCGAUAGUCUCAUCAAGAAGUUCGUGGAAAACAAGGGCAGCUACAAGGUCGAGGCGGUCAACCGAAAGGAGCAGGCGCAGCGGGACCUGGAUGCGGCGGCCACGGCGCUGCUGGCUGCCCAGCAGAAGGCCCAGGAGGCGCAGGCCCUACAGGACGCGGCGGCCCUCAAGAUGGCGGAGGCGGAGGCAGACCACCAGCGCGUGCUUGACGAGUACUACGCGCAGUCGAAGGCGCCUGAGGUGGACGAGUCACUGUUCGAGGAGCUGGGCAGCUACGACGCCCAGGAUCGCGCCAAGCUGCUCAAAUUCAAAGCGGACAUGCAGUCAUUGGCUGAGUUGGUCAGCAGCGCGUAUGCGCAGUACAAAGAGUUCGAUGAGUUGGCGAAGCAGGCGAAGGCAGCGCAGCAGGCCCACCUGGAGAAGAGGCGCAAGGUGGGCGGCGCAGAGGAGGAGGACGCGCUCGCAGUCCCUGGUGCGGUGCAGUCGCAGGAGGUGGACAAGGUCGCGGCCCAGGAGCCGACGGUGGUGGACGCGCCCAAGCAGCAGUUCGCUAUCGAGCGCGUCAAGGAGCAGUCGAAGGCCCGCCUCCGUCAGGCCCGCGGUGCGGGUACCCCAGCAGCCUCGGCUCCCUCGAGUGCCCCCGCGGCUGCGCAGCCGCACGCCGAGAAGGCCCACAAUUACCUCAACGAGGCAGGCAACAAGAUGGACGUUUUCAUAUUGUGCGAGACGCACGUGGUUAAGGACCAGAUUCCGAAGGUGAAGCAAGAGCUUGCGGUUGAUGGUGAGUUCAUUGCUAUUCGGUCGCAUGUUGCGGCCACAGGUUUCGACGCGAUGCGGGAGCUGGUGCACCAGCAGGGCCACAGGGACCCGUUCUCAGGCUUCUCGGCGGCCACGUUACAUUUACGAGGAGGCAAUCUGGUGGUCAUUGUGGCCUACCUGGUUCCCAAGGACGGCCUUGGCGGCGUCAACGUGACGAAGAUCAGUGCACUGGCUUCGUUUGUGCUCUCCCUCACGGACCCCUGGGUCAUCCUGGGCGAUUGGAACAUCCCGUUUCAGCGCGUGCAGAAGGAGGAUUUCGUUUCGAAGAUUGGAGGCCAGCUGCUACGGCCUGACGUGGACAUCACUUGUGACAAAGGUGGAGGCAGCCUCAUUGAUUACGGCAUUUGCAGGAGUGAUCUGGUGCCGCGCCUCUCCCUCGAGGCGAUACACCGAGUUCCUUGGAAGACGCAUUGUGGACUUCGGUUGCACGUGGGAGGCAUGGCGCAGGCGUGGCGUUACCGUGCUGCUGCAGCCCCGCGGCCACUCCCGCUGCCCGUGCGACCACCCCCAGCCCCAGACCCGACCAGCAAGACCUCGUUGCGAAAGUUGGAGAUGCAGAAAAGGAGAGCUGCGCAUCUGGACGUGCACCUGCAGGAGGCCUACCUGGAGCUCACGGGCCACAUGCAGGUGGAGGCCACGCCAGCCCCGUACCCCAUCCCACUGGAGGAGAUGGAGCAGACUGUCGGCGGCCUCACGUAUGGCAACCCGCAGCAGUGGCAGGCCGUGGACCAGGUCACCUUGGAGCACGCGCAGUGGGUCACAGCGAUGGAGCACGCCACCUUGGAGGUCAGUGACGUCACGGACGACAUGCGCUACUUGUACGUUGGAAGGGCGUGCGGCUUGGGCUCUCGGCUCACUAAGGCGCGGCCAUCGCCUGGGCGGGCGCACAUGCGUUUCGCGCCUGCUGAGCAUUGGGGAGUGUGCACAACUCUGGCUGGUAGGUACCUGGCGCUGCGACUACACCGCACAGAUUUUCGUCAGCAACGCAAGUGCUUGAAGGACUUGGAGGCCCAGCUGAGCACCCUGAAGGCGUUGCCCCAGGAUGAGGUCUUUGGCAAGAAGGUUCUCGAGAUAGAGCGCCAGGAGGCUUAUGAGCGUGGUGCCCGCUUGGGGUCGCUCGAGGUGCAGGAGGUGAAGGCUGUGUUGGCCAGCUUUGAGAAGUACCAUGCAAUGGCGCAGGCCCGCGGUUUUGCGACGCAGCGGAGGAGCUUUACUUUGUGGGCCAAGGAGAUGUGGGCACGCAAGCCUGGCGCCCUUCAUCGCCAUGUCAAGGAGCUACCUGCGCCCACGGUUGUUCUGACUCCGAACUCGGCCAACCAGAUUGCGGACCCAGACACGGUAAUGGAGUACAAGGCGCGGUAUUGGGAGGGCAUCUGGACUGACCCUGUGGACACGCGAAGCCAGCUCACGGAGUACCUCACCACCCUUUCGGCUCAAGCCGCUGAGGAGGAACUGGAGCCGAUUUCUCUUGCGCAGUUGGAUUCUGUUCUGAAUAAGUCGGGCUGCACCUGGUAA